AUGGCCGAGAUUCGUCGCAAGCUCGUCAUCGUGGGCGAUGGUGCCUGCGGUAAGACCUGUCUGCUCAUUGUCUUCUCCAAGGGCACUUUCCCUGAGGUCUACGUCCCCACCGUCUUCGAGAACUACGUUGCCGAUGUCGAGGUGGAUGGCAAGCACGUCGAACUGGCUCUUUGGGAUACGGCUGGCCAGGAAGACUACGACCGUCUCCGUCCUUUGUCAUACCCCGAUUCGCAUGUCAUCCUGAUCUGUUUCGCCGUGGACUCGCCCGAUUCGCUCGAUAACGUCCAGGAGAAGUGGAUCUCCGAGGUCCUUCACUUCUGCCAGGGCCUCCCCAUCAUCCUUGUUGGCUGCAAGAAGGAUCUGCGCCACGACCCCAAGACCAUCGAGGAGCUCACCAAGACUUCCCAGAAGCCCGUCACCCCCGAGCAGGGCGAGGAAAUCUGCAAGAAGAUUGGUGCCUACAAGUACCUGGAGUGCUCCGCCCGGACCAACGAGGGUGUCCGUGAGGUCUUUGAGGCCGCCACCCGUGCGGCCCUGCUGAAGGCCAAGAGCCCAAAGAAGCGGAAUCGACAUGGAGUCAACUGUCUGAUCUUGUAA